CGUUGUAAAUAGCUCUGUUGGUCCAAGCACAACACUGACGUGCAAAUGAGUAAUGAUGUGAAAUCUUUAAUGGGAGUUAAAGCCUGCCCACAAUUCGAACCCCAUAAACGCAUAAAGAAUGCAAGAGGUUAUUUUGGGCGAUUCUGUUUCAGAGGCAAAGGAACCAUGAACUCAGAAACCAAGGUCUGUCGAGCAGUCAUGAGGAGACGUGCUCUACGCCAAUUUAUCAAAUCCCUGCACCGUAAAGUGGCGGUUCAAGUUCCACCAUCCCUUCCCCUCCAUUAAUUACUCUCCUGCGGAGUUCCACCACCUUCUCCAUUAAUUUCUCUUCUUUGAAGUUUGAAUACAUAACACUAAAGAAUGCAUGAUGAUAUAUGCUUGUCUCUUCUUUUCUCCCUUGUUCUGUCUCCCAUUUCUUGUUUUGUCAGGAGGCUUCUCAGGUGGGUGCUGCAGGAUUUUGGUCAGUGUCGAUCUCUUCUGUUUGUGCCAUGAGCCAGCCCAUGAGGUCUGUUUAAGGCGGUGAAGGUGGUAGAGGUAUAUAUACAUAGAUGAGUUUUACGGUUUUUUAGGGUAUCUGCAUUUGUUGGUGAUAGUUGUUUCUGAGCCAUGAGGGCUUCCCGUCUGUGGGGCGUCCUGAUUUUGGCGUUAGGAGCGUCUUCUCUGUUCCUCGCAUUCACCAACACGAACAGAAGCUACCGUUCCCAAGGAUCCUCGAACUAUGUUACAGAAGUGAUUUUAUCAACAAAGAACCGAAAGCUGAAGGAGGAUCUCAGUAUGAUAAGCAUGGAAGAUUAUCACCCAAUAGAUCCUGUUCCAACUUCUAAAGCAACUGUAAAAUCCGGUCCAAUCGAGCAUGGAACGCCACUGAUCCCAUACAUUCCACAACCAGCACCACCCCGCGGCCAACCAACCCAUCCAGGACCUCCAUAGCUGCUUGCUGUGUGGGCAGGUCGUUGUUCAGGUGACUAGCAAGAUUUAGAAACUGAGACCCCUGGACUGUUCAUUGCCGUGUAGCCUUCUCUCAAGUAUGAAACCACUGAAGAAUCUUCUGACGCUUACUACUAGCGCGUUGUAUUCUGAGUAGUGUAAAUACGUUUGCUUUUGUAUCUUAGUUAAACUGUCUGGUUCAUGUGUUUGUAAAUAAGCACACACAUAGAGAUUGCAGUCAUGCCCAUCUCAGUAUGUGCUCGUUUCAUGUAGACCUUGCGCGGUUGACUCGAACUCUGUUGGAUCCCCUCUUAAGUUCAAUUCCGAUAACUUGGCUUCA